AUGCUCGACACGCUGCUUGGACUCCCGCUGCUCAGCGCCGCCUUUCUCCCAAUCUACUCCAAUUACAGCACCUCGCUUAACCUUCUCUUUUUCUACCUAACAUGGUCGACUCUGGUCCUGUCACACCCGCCUUUACGUGUCGAAGGCUUCGGCACACUCGCCGUACGUCUGCUCUUCUACAUCCUGCCAUCUUCGUUAUUCCUCCUCUUCGACGUCACAGUGCCCAGUCUCUCUGUUGCCAUCAAGGCGCAAGGCCAAAUCGCACUGCCGGGUCGCAGUGGCGCAAAGGGAACCAAAGGUCGGCAAGGCGUCUUGAAAGUCACCGCAUGGAGCAUCUUCAACAUCUUACUCGGCAUUGCACUCCAGGUGAGCAUUGACUUGGUGUUGACCAAAGUCUUGCGCGUGAAAAGCGCGCUCAAGAUCGUAACGAGACUGCCACUCCCAUGGGGACUUGCCAAGGACAUUUGUAAAGGCUUUCUCAUUAGAGGUAUCCUGCAAUAUUACAUUCAUCGACACAUUCUCCACGCACCACGAUCCCGCAUCGCGCGAUGGCAUCGGAACUGGCAAUUGAGCAUUCGCGCGCCGUACUCGUUUGUCGCAAACUAUGACCAUCCGGUUGCAUGGCUGCUGCACCGCUGGCUGCCCGUUUACCUACCCGCGGUCAUUUUCCGCUUCCACAUCUUGACAUUUCAAUUGCUGCUGGCGCUAGUCUCGCUGGAAGAGCUGCUGGUAUACUCGGGAUACUCCGUACUGCCGUCGACGAUCAUCUUGAGCGGAAUGGCAAGGCGUGCUGAUGCACAUCUUCUGACGGGCGGCCAAGGCAACUACGCGCCGUGGGGUCUUCUAGAUUGGGCUCACGGAACAACGAUCGGCGGUGACGUCGUGGAGGAUAUGCGGGACGAGCUCGAGAAGCAUCAUGUGCCGGAGAAGACGAGCAAAGCGCUUGACAGUGCCAAUGGCGCCGUGGACAACCUGGGUUCAAGGAUUAAAAACAGACGGAGUAAGGGAAAAGGAAAGUAG